CCUCCAUCUCCUUCUUUCCUUCCUUUAACUGAAGACCUCUGCUACCUUCACAAUAUCUCCAUAUCUUCAAUUUUCUUCCUCUAACUCCAAGCUAUCAGAUUUUCUUCAGUUCUGCAAAAUCCUCGCUUAAAGUCACUCUACUAAGGUCAGAUCGUUGUGUAAUCCUAACCGUCUAGAUCUCUCUUCUUCAAUCAUAGAUGGCUCAGAUUCUCCUGCACGGGACACUUCACGUGACGAUCUUUGAAGCGAAUGCACCGUCGCAUAAAAGCGGCGGAGGUUGUGUAUCGAACGGAGGUGGUGUAUCGAAGUUCUUUCACAAGAUCGUGGAAAACAUCGAGGAGACUGUUGGCGUUGGCAAAGGGACUGCCAAAGUGUAUGCGACUGUUGAUCUAGAAAAAGCUAGAGUUGGCCGAACCCGAAUCAUUGAAAACGAACCUUCUAACCCUCGAUGGUACGAAUCUUUUCACAUCUAUUGUGCCCAUUUGGCUGCUGAUGUUAUCUUCACCAUCAAAGAUGAUAAUCCGAUUGGAGCAACACUGAUUGGAAGAGCUUACAUUCCUGUCAAAGAGCUCCUAAAUGGUGAGGAAAUCGAUCAAUGGCUGGAGAUUUUGAAUGAAGACCGUGAGCCUAUAGGUGGAGGUGCUAAGAUCCAUGUGAAACUACAAUAUUUUGAUAUUUCACGUGACCGCAACUGGGCACGGGGGAUCAGAAGUCCGAAAUUCCCUGGCGUCCCUUACACGUUCUUCCCUCAGAGGCAGGGAUGCAAAGUCUCUCUGUACCAAGAUGCCCACGUCCCUGACAACUUCAUACCAAAAAUCCCUCUUGCUGAUGGAAAGUAUUAUGAGCCUGACAGAUGCUGGGAGGAUGUGUUUGAUGCGAUUACAAAUGCAAAACACUUGAUUUACAUCACAGGUUGGUCUGUGUACACUGAGAUCACCUUGAUAAGGGAUUCUCGGAGGCAGAAGCCAGGAGGAGAUGUGACGCUUGGGGAGCUCCUCAAGAAGAAAGCCAACGAAGGUGUUAGAGUUCUGAUGCUUGUUUGGGAUGACAGAACCUCUGUGGCUUUACUAAAGAGGGAUGGGUUGAUGGCCACCCAUGAUGAAGAAACUGCAAAUUACUUUGAAGGGACGGAAGUUCACUGUGUUCUCUGCCCACGAAAUCCUGAUGAUGGAGGAAGCAUAAUUCAGGACCUGCAGAUCUCUACCAUGUUCACUCAUCAUCAAAAGAUUAUAGUGGUAGACAGCGAGAUGCCUAACAAAGGGUCACAGCAGAGGAGGAUUGUGAGUUAUGUUGGGGGUAUCGAUCUCUGCGAUGGGAGAUAUGAUACACAGUUUCAUUCUCUUUUCAGGACCUUGGACACAGCCCACCAUGAUGAUUUCCAUCAAGCCAAUUUCACUGGUGCUUCAAUCACAAAAGGUGGUCCGAGAGAGCCCUGGCAUGACAUUCAUUGCCGGCUUGAAGGACCCAUUGCUUGGGACGUCUUGUUCAAUUUUGAGCAGAGAUGGAGGAAGCAAGGAGGGAAGGAUCUACUUCUCCAGCUCAGAGAUCUUGCUGAUACCAUCAUCACCCCGUCUCCUGUCACGUUCCCUGAAGACAGAGAAACAUGGAAUGUGCAGUUAUUCCGUUCUAUUGACGGAGGAGCUGCUUUCGGCUUCCCUGAGACACCAGAGGAGGCAGCUAGAGCUGGACUUGUUAGUGGAAAGGAUAACAUCAUUGACCGGAGCAUUCAAGAUGCUUAUAUACAUGCCAUCCGCCGAGCGAAGGAUUUUAUCUACAUUGAAAACCAGUAUUUCCUUGGCAGUUCCUUUGGGUGGAAAGCAGAUGGCAUCAAGGUUGAAGAUAUUGGUGCAUUGCAUCUCAUUCCCAAGGAGCUAUCACUAAAGAUUGUCAGUAAAAUUGAAGCUGGAGAGCGGUUUACUGUCUAUGUUGUGAUUCCAAUGUGGCCUGAGGGGUUGCCAGAGUCUGCUUCUGUGCAAGCGAUAUUAGAUUGGCAGAGAAGGACAAUGGAGAUGAUGUAUACCGACAUUGCUGAGGCCCUACGUGCGAAGGGGCUUGAGGCAAACCCCAAGGAAUAUUUGACGUUUUUUUGUCUUGCGAACCGAGAGGUUAAGAAGGAGGGGGAGUAUAUUCCGAAGGAGGAACCAGAGGCAGAUUCUGAUUAUAGUAGAGCUCAGCAGGCCAGGCGAUUCAUGAUCUAUGUUCAUGCAAAGAUGUUGAUAGUCGAUGAUGAAUACAUAAUCAUUGGGUCUGCAAACAUCAAUCAGAGGUCGAUGGAUGGCACAAGGGACUCUGAGAUAGCCAUGGGAGCAUACCAGCCAUACCAUCUGGCGGCCAGGGAGCCGGCCCGUGGACAGAUCCAUGGGUUCCGGAUGGCAUUGUGGUACGAACACCUCGGCAUGCUCGACGACACUUUCCUCCAGCCACAGAGCAUGGAGUGCAUUCAGAAGGUGAACAACAUCGCAGAGAAGUAUUGGGAUCUCUAUACAAGCGAGACGCUUGAUAAUGACCUCCCGGGUCACCUGCUCAGCUACCCAGUUGGGGUCACUAGUUCAGGAGACGUCACAGAGCUGCCGGGGACAGAGUUCUUCCCUGAUACCAAGGCUCGCAUUCUUGGCAACAAAGCCGAGUACCUGCCUCCAAUCCUCACCACAUAAGAAUGACCAGUCAGUAGUUUCUUCUUCUUGUCAUUCUCAGUACCUCUUCUUUUCUUUCUAUUAGCAGUGAUUGUGAUUGUAGAGACUGCUUGAAAUGUUUGUUAACGUAGUGCAGGUGUUUUUAGACGAACUGACGAGCCUGCCUUCUCUUCCACCCAAGAAAGAAAAAACCGUUCUGCUUCAUCGAUGAUGUUGACUGCAUCUGAAAUUCUACAUUGUUGCUGUUCUCGAGUUUAUUGCUAAACAAGAGAAGUCUACCUGCCUAAGUAGACUUGAUUGCAUAUGUGAGCUGGCCCAAAAAUCAAGCUGGUCUCUUCAUCAGCUGGGCCACACUUGUAUGUUGAAUGUGGACUGUUGGUUGAUUGUCGUAGCGUUCUGCUUCUUUUAUCCUGCUCAUUGGGUGGAAAUGGCACAGCUCAAAGGACAUAUGCUAGUUUUGCA